AUGGCAGCAGCACCUCGAAUACAGUUUACAGUGACGAAUGUAGACUACAGACGAAAAGAUCCCGUUUUCUGGAUCGAAGUUCAGACCAACAUUACGAAGUACAAACAAAAACAAAAGCGGUUUCCAAGAUAUUACAGCGAGUUGGUCAAGCUCCACGAUUUCCUGAGCAGCACAUGUGAUGAUGUCUUGAUACCUGCUUUACCGCCUUGCCCCUCUCCCAGAUUCGAUAAAGAUGGCCAGCUGGUGGGUCGGCAAUGGUGGUUUACUAUUCGAUUGCCUGGAGAAAAACCGGUCAUUGUAGGUGAUACAGGCUCGGUGGAGAACAAGAUACAACUGUGGUUUGAUAGAAUAGUGGAACAUGAUAGAACGAAAAUGAGCGAAGGAUUGCGAGCCUUUGUCGAAAGUGAAGUCGGGUUUCGACCCUCCAUUGUGCCUCAGCAGCAUUCACAGCAGAGAGUCAAACCACCAAAAUACAUUGUUGUCCAUGUAUCGCCGGAUGAUAUGGAGCCAGAGUUUGGACAUUGUAUGCAAGAGUUGGAUACAUUCUCGCAGAAUCUGCGCCAUGCAUCAGCGAGAUUAGAUAAGCUCGUGCAAGAACAACACUCAAUGGCUCGUUCCUGGAUAAACAUGGCUUCUUCAUGGGUGUCUUAUGGUGGUAUUGAGAGAAAUCCUAACUUGUUUAUCCUUUACAAAACUAUCGCCAAGGGACAUCAGCAAUUAGCUGAUCUGGAGAGAUCUCGAGCAUCUACAGUAAAUGAAACACUCUCAGACGAAAUCUCGUAUGAACUAAAGAACUGCGAAUCAACACAGAAUGCCAUGCAAAGAAGACUGGAUGCAUUAUCUGAUUACUUAUCAAGCAGAAAGCACACCGAGUCCAGCUUGAGAGGCGUGGAAAGGUUAAAAUCAUCAAUCAGCAUUGACCGAGAUCAAGCAAGUGAAGCGAUCGCCAUAUUAGAAGAUGCACGCAUUCAUGAACGAAACAGUUUACAAAGAUUUGAACGUAUUGAUACCAACUUGAGGCAAGAUAUUGAAAACCAUUACAAGCCAAAUACAGCUCAAGACAUGUUACGCACCAUCAAGGAAUAUGCUAAAAGCCAACUCUACCUGGAGAAGAAGAAGCUGGCAGUGCUGAACGAGAUCAUGAUCAAACAAGAUGACGUCCUAAUUAAUUAA